GUGAAACCUCGGACAGAUGCGCCACGUUGGAUUGGCCCUCGAAAGUGGAUCCCCCAAACAGUGGGAUGGGCGAAAGCUUCCCCGUAAUUUCGAAAAAAUUCGAGCCUAGAGCCAGCAAAUUUUUUAGUAAUGCGAAGAUUGCGGAGUUUGCGACUGACAACCAUUCUCCGAUCCAUCGAGAUUUGCCAUUUGCAGGAAAACUCCAAUCGAGGCGAGGAAACAAGAUAUCACGAUAUUAAUACAUACACACAUACGUCCAUAUACAUCACAAUGGGUAUUCCUCAGAAAUCCACCAAGACCAAGACCAGAAGAAGAUUGAGAGAUCUCGAUCAAAUUUGUGCCGAUAUUCGUUCUCCAAAACAUCUUGCGCAACAUAAAGGUUCAAAGGCCGCAGAGGAUUUGCCAGGCUUGGGAAAAUGGUAUUGCAUCGAGUGCGCAAAAUGGUAUGAAUCGGAGAAUAGCAUGCUAUCGCAUCUCAAGGGCAAACCACACAAGAGAAGAGUCAAGGCAUUGAAGGAAGGACCAUACACACAACGAGAUGCCGAAGCAGCUAUUGGCCAAGGACCUGCAGAUAAUGGCGAGAGAAAUAAGGCUCUCGACGUAGAGGUAGAGAUGGAAAACUCCGGAAUUAUCGACGACCAGGAAACCUGAGCACCGAUGUCAUUGCCCCUCGACAUGGAGUAAUCAUAGAAGGGGUUUAUCAAAGCUUAGUUUAUCGUGGCUACUACAAAAUCUAUGGCGGGGUAUCA